AUGGAUGACAACAAGAAGGUAGUCCUGAUCACCGGCUGCGCCAAGGGCGGCAUCGGCUAUGAAUACUGCAAGGCCUUCGCCGAUCAUGGCUGCCACGUCAUCGCCUCCGACCUCCCUGACCGUCUCUCCGAUCUCUCCAACCUCCAAUCCGACUCCAUCGAACCCCUCGAGCUCGACGUCACCUCCGACCAAAGCGUAGCCAAUGCGACAUCCAAAAUUCUAUCGACAUGCGGCCGCAUUGACAUCCUCAUCAAUAAUGCCGGCAUCGGCAGCACUGGGCCGUUGGCCGAGCUCAAUCUAGACGCCAUUAGACGGGCAUGGGAAGUGAACACGUUAGGCCAGCUGCGUAUGGUCCAGGCCGUGGCCCCUCACAUGGUUUCCCGCCGGUCCGGGCGGAUCGUUAACAUAGGAAGCGUGGUUGGUUCGGUUCCUACCCCGUGGGCCGGUUCGUACUGUGCGUCCAAGGCCGCGGUCCACGCGAUCUCGGACGCGCUACGGGUCGAGCUCAGGCCGUUCGGGGUCGACGUCAUAAAGGUGCUUCCCGGUUCGGUCCGGUCCAACCUGGGUCAGGCGAACGAGAAGCGGCUCGGGAGGCAGGGGUGGAGGCUAUACAAAGGCUUCGAGGAUGCGAUCGCAGAGAGGGCGAGGGCGUCGCAGGGGAAGAAUGCGACGGAUGCAGGAAUCUUCGCGCGGCACGUGGCGCAGAAAGUGCUGAGCCCGAGGCCGCCGAGGGAAAUCGUGUCCGGCCACAUGGCGGGCCUGUUUGCGGUGCUGGCUUGGUCGCCGGUUUGGGUUCGAGACUGGUUCUUUGCUAAAAGGUUUGGGUUGGAUAAGAAGUUGUGAAGAGCGGCUCAUUAGAGUUGGAUGGGAGGGGAUGAGUUUUUAGUUAAACUUCAAAUCCUUUUAUAUCUUUUGAAUAAUCCUGGAUGGAUUGAUCGUCUUAGUAUAUGUUGAAUAAAUUUGGCCACAAAUGUUAGCUCAAUUGGUUGACAGCAAGUUUUAUUGGGGAAUGAUCUUGGAUUUAAAUCUUGCUAAUGGUGCAUGUAUCAUUAUAUUACAUGAGAAAUAGGUUGAAUACAAUUUGUUGGUAUCGUUGGUCGAUCGAUUGUA